GGCCCUUGAGGGCGGCGCUUCCGGUCGGCGGAGCCUGGUGGCCGCAGCGGCGGUGGCGACGACGGCCGAGACGUGGGGAUGGCGGGCGCCGGGAGCGAAGCCCGGUUCGCCGGGCUGUCGCUGGUGCAGCUCAACGAGCUGCUGGAGGACGAGGGCCAGCUGACGGAGAUGGUGCAGAAGAUGGAGGAGACGCAGAAUGUUCAGCUUAACAAAGAAAUGACACUUGCCAGCAACCGGAGCCUGGCAGAAGGAAACCUUUUGUACCAGCCCCAGCUGGACACGUUGAAAGCACGCUUGACCCAGAAAUACCAAGAACUCCAGGUUCUCUUUGAAGCCUAUCAGAUAAAGAAGACCAAAUUAGACAGACAGUCCUGCAGCGCUUCCUUGGAGACCCUGUUAGCACUUCUGCAGGCAGAAGGGGCCAAGAUUGAGGAAGACACUGAGAACAUGGCAGAGAAGUUUCUGGAUGGAGAACUUCCUCUGGAUUCCUUCAUUGAUGUUUAUCAGAGCAAACGGAAACUGGCCCACAUGCGACGGGUGAAAAUCGAGAAGCUCCAGGAGAUGGUGCUUAAGGGGCAGAGACUCCCGCAGGCCCUGGCCCCGCUGCCCCCCAGGCUGCCCGAACUGGCACCUACCGCCCCCCUUCCCUACCCUGCCCCAGAGGCCAGUGGGCCCACCGCCGUUGCACCUCGGCGCAUCCCCCCACCACCACCCCCGGUGCCUGCAGGACGCUUAGCCACCCCGUUUACUGCGGCCAUGAGCUCGGGACAGGCCGUGCCGUACCCAGGAUUACAGUGCCCGCCCCUGCCCCCCCGCGUGGGCCUCCCCACUCAGCAAGGAUUCUCUUCGCAGUUCAUGUCCCCGUAUCCGCCACCUCUCCCCCAGAGACCCCCGCCCCGGCUCCCUCCGCACCAGCCGGGUUUCAUCCUCCAGUGAGCGCCGGUGCGGUCCUUCCCGGGAGACCUCCGCCUGGCAUGUUGUGCUCUGCUCACGGGAAGGAGGCUGGAGGUCCGCUCUGUGCCAAGGGCUCUGGGGCCCUGGGCCAGCGUGUCCGUCUGAUUUUAGGACUGUAGGUCAGUGGUGAGUAGUAGGAGCCCAGGCUUUGGGCAACAAGGCAGUUGUGUGUGCCGGGUUGCAGCCUGACACCUGUGCGUUGCAUCGGUUUGCAUUCUCCCUGUGAUUUCUAAGUAUCUUAGCGUUGAUGAACUCAUGUUUGGGAAGAAACAGGCCUCUUCCCCCAAUCCCAUUUAGAAUCGUGGUCCUUCCAUUGCAGUUUUAUUUAAUGAGCAUGGUUCAUGAUACUUAUUUUAUUUUCGAAAGACAGUCCUAUGUGUCUCACCCACCGGCCACUGCAGCCCUGGUGAGGGCAGGUGGGCGCCGGCCGGCCGGCUGGCCUGGAAGUGCGCCGUGGCCGGGCCAUCACCUGCGGCUGCGUUGUUGCUCACUGAAUCUGUUGGGGAGAGGUCACCAUGGUCACCGCCUGACCUGGCUGCUGCUCUUGCUUCAGAGCCACAAGCAAAGUUUGCACUGGGCCCACUGCCGAGUCCAGAGGCCAGAGAACGGCCACCGGUGUGGGAGGGGAGCGCACGAGUGGGACUUUGCACGGCAAAUUGUGUCCCAGCUCCUCCUCUCCCUCCUGCCUCGAGCCGGCCCUGAAGGUUUCUAUGAAGAAAUAAUCCCCCAAUAUUUUUACUACGUGUGUGAUUUUCCUGUUUUAUAUUGAAAAAACUUUUUUGACACUCCCAAGACCAUUCAGGGAAAUUUUAUAAAAAAUGCAGAUACUGUCUUGAGCAGAUUGAAAUGCCGAUGAAGUGGAUGCAAUUUCCUUUUGUGCAAGCAGUGCACGGUGCCCCCCUCGGGUGUCCGUGCUGUGCCUUAGCUUCCCCAGGUGCCAGGACUCACACCUGCUAGGGGCUGGGCAAGGCCCCGGCUCUGCUUUCUCUGAAGGGCUUGUCCAAGUUCAUUGUUCUGUUACAGGUGGUCAAGACGUCCGGCCGCCUUGACCCAGGCUACCCUUAGCCAAUGUCCUCUGCCCCUGGCUGGCUGGUGGCUGGACUUCAGGGUGGGCAGCGUUAGGGGCUUGGCGAAAGCCCGCCCCAUGGGAUUGAGGGACGGGGCUGCACUCCGACCGUCUGCACCUGCUCUUCCCCCCACCCCUGUGGGACCUCAUCUUCACAUGUGUGCUGAAGGCCCAGGGCCCAGCAGGGGGUGUCGCACCUGUUGACAGAAAAGGCCGAGGUGCUUACCGGUGGACCUUCUGGCCCGCCCCUCCCCUGUCACUUGUCAGGCAUCCAGGGCCCUGACCUGUGCCUAGCCACCAGGGUGACAGAAGGCAGAACUGAAGCGGGGUCUGUCCCAGUGGGCCACAGGCCAGGCCAGGCCACUGCCUUUUGUCCUCAGUGACCGUACAUUCCUGCUCUCGGACUUGAACUCUACUGUAACUGUUUUCUUAAAGGAAAUGAAGCUGUACAGGACGAUUCACUGCCAUGCCAGUCAGGCGGGCUUGCCAUGUUCUGUGAAUCUCGAGUGAGCGGUGCCACCCGCCCCAUACCUCCGCCACCAGCCACUGUCGGGGAUGCCACAGCCUGGCCACGGUUGCAGCCAAACGUGAGCUUGGCAUUGAAGUUGCAAAGGAGCCCCUGGCCAGGCUCGCCAUCGCUGUUCAGGGCCACGUCCGGUGCUGUGGCUGUAAAGCUGUAGGACCCUUUUUAAUAAAUAGAGAAUUAUUAAUAA